AGGGUAAUUAAGGAUUUAGGAUUAGUAGCCCUUAUAAAGUGACGAAGUCUACAUGUAAUAACCGGUUGAUUGGAAAUCAUCAAAUGUUACAAAACUUUAACAAACUAAGAUUAUACAUUUGCAUCUGUAUAUUAGCAUGAAGUGAUUUCCGCAGGUGGAAAACUAGACCUAUAAUCGAGCCACUAUAGCGUACUGGGGAAUUGAAAUGGAAAGUAAUCCAAUAAGGGAUGGAAAAGACUGAGUGCAUUGGCCAGCAACUCUAAUCACGCGGACGGUAGUAUUUUUCCUCCAAAAUGAUAGCAAAAAUGCCGUGGUUUGUAACUGCGUGGCUUUUCUUAGGGCUUGGUGGACUAAAGGAUUUUUGCGACAUGUCAGUUGCAAGGACGUACACGCUCCUGGCAGAUGCUUCUCCUGGUAACCAUGGGGGUCUUAAUCCCCAAGGCUUUGUCAAGUCUGUCAGUGAUGCCAACCUGAUGUUUGAGUUUCUGCUGAGUGGACUGGAGAUCGACGCUGACAACAACAUAGCCAUGCUUGAUGUGGAGCUGGCCUCCAUGCGCCAGGGGCGAGCCUUCCUGGCCCUCCUCAACGACAACAUCCCCAAGAGCCUCUCCGCCCUGGAGGGUAUGGCCCUCAGUCUGGAGCGCCAGGACAAGCCCAUCAGCUCGACACGCUUCGAGGCGCUCGUCCUGGGGACCGUCUACUCCGCCUACCAGGCCAGACGGCAGCGCCCGGAGAAUGAGCAGCGAGCCUGGACUGAUGUCCUGGGCCGUCUGGCUAAUGUCACAUUUGUUGACCUGCGCAAGGCCAGUGUCAAGCUUUAGGCGGUACUGAGACGUUAGGGGAUCAAUGCCAAUGCAUAAGCAUAAGCAGUCCUGACUGAUGAGGUAAAAAAAUACAUUUGGUUAUUUAGUGCAGGAAUUAUAUUAUGCCAUAUCAUAACUUUUUAUAAAGACUUUUUUUCUCCAUUUCACAAUUUAUGGUUCCCUGGUAAUUCAAUUUUGUCAUCCUCACGUAACCAAGCUUCAGAUGACCAUCUGUACUGAUGCCAAGCAAGAUACUCAAGGUGUUAUCGAGCAACAUAUAAACUUUAAUGUACAAAAGUAUCGAUAUAUCAAUUUAAACAUACAUAACAGACAACAGUUUGACAACAGUUGUGUAACGUUUUGUGUACUGACAGCAGGGAAUGUUUGGCUGGUCACAAAAGCCUUGAUCCUAAUCUGAAAAAUAAAGCUCUGUAACUUGUAA